GAAAAUGGAUGGAUGGAUGGAUGGAGUGCGAGCCCAUGGAGAUCUUGGGGUCUGAGGCAAUUGCCUGUGUUUCCCUGAGGUAUGAGUACGCCCCUGAUUAUUCCAAAUUUGAUCAUCCAGUUGACACAGGUUUGUGUUUUAAUAUUUAUGCGUUUACAAGUAUUGGGGGGAAAUCUCACAAGUACAUGUCUGCAUUGAAAAACAAGCACUUGUUCAAUAAUUAACCUGACUUAUAUUUGAAGACUUCACACGGAUUCUGAUAGUGUGGUGUAUGAGGAACACCACAAGGAAAGCACAGGGAAGCAGCUAUGCGGAUGCUCUGAGGAGUUUCUGGACUGCAUCGAAGUGAAUUGAGGUCAAUUUGGAUUAAACCAGGAUUGCAGAAGCUCCAAGAAGGCCUAGAAUUCAGAAUUAUGUCUGUGCCCCCCAGAGUGGUCCACAAGCGGCGGGCCCAUAUCACAGCUCUGCCUCUCUACUACUCAGGGCACCUGCUCAAGAAACACUCCUACGAGACGGAUUUCAAGAAGUACUUCGCAGAGCUACGUGGAGACACCUUAUUUUUGUACAAAGAUGAAAAGCAGGAUACAUACACAGAGAAGCUGAAUCUGCUGCAGCUGAGGUCCAUGCAGUUAGCAUCUGCAUAUCAAAGGAAGAUGUCCACGAUCUUCACCCUGAUGAUGCACACGGAUGAGGUCCACUUGAAGAUAGAAAACCCUGAUACAGGAGAAGAGUGGCGGAGUUACAUCAUGACCAUUGUCAAAAAAGAGAUUCCCAGUCAGAUACAGCUCCUGCCAGGCCAAAGGUUGCUGCUUGAAGAUGCUCUGGCUCAGGAGAAAAUAAGAAGUUCCCAAGUAAAGAAACCCCCCCUCCCUCCUCGACCGGCCCACCUUCUUGGAGCCCCUGCAUUCGUCCCUCCACAUAAGGACACGUCUGACCACAGCAGUCCAGAGAUGUUACCGUGUUUCUUCAAUGUGACUCGACAGGAAGCUGAGCAGAUGUUGAGGCAGAACCCGGAGUAUGGAGGCAUCAUCAUCCGCCCAUCCACCAUGGCCAACAAUUAUGCCCUCACUCUCAGACAGGUCACAGCCAAGGGGCCUGUCAUGAAGAACUACAGGCUGAUCUGCACCAAGUCAGGAUUUAUCAUUCAAUUGGAAACAGCAGUGACAGUCUCCUCCCUGCGGGAGGUACUGGAAUAUUUUCUCGAGAAGACAGAAUACAGCCUUCAUCCUUACAUGCCGGGUGACAUCUAUGACACUCGUAUCGAGGUGACACCUCCUUGCUCAACACAGAAAAAUGUACCCAAGGCACAAGUGGCACCCGCGAUGCGUUCACAGACCAAGCCUGGGGAAGGAGAAUAUGUGCGCCCUGAUGAUCACAACUUGAAUAAAGGUGCAAAUAAAAACGUGCCCAAGUAUUACCAUAACUGUUUUGUGUUCAAAUGAACUGACAGUCUAAAAUACUUUCGAAUAGUUCAGCUGGAUGAAGAACUGUGGAAAGUUGUAUGACUGCGUAGGAACUACAAUCAGAAAACCCUCACUGGCACAGCAUCAUUUCACAUGCCAAGUACGUCCGUGUGACAUUUAUAUUGUUUUCAUUUAUUUUGUAAUUGAGAGAAUAUAUCUUUUCCUUGAGAAUGUCUUGCCUGGAGCUAUUUGUUUGAGGACUACAGAAGGUAACUGCAAUGUAAUCCAAAUUGUCUUCUAUGAUUCAUCUAUAUUCGAUCAUUUUGGUUUAUGGACUUUUAAAUACAACAGUUUACUACCAAAAUAACAAAAGUAGUUUUAUAGAAUUUGUCACUUCAUUAAGAUGAAAUAAGAUAAAGUGGACUCUUUUAACAUUACAGUACUGUAGUUACAUACAGUUUAUUAGUAUUGGGUGUUUGCCAGAUUACAUUACUAAUGGUAAAUCUAAUAAGAACUGGAGUAAAAAAAAAAAAAAAAGAUUCCAAUGAUGAACAUUUUUUUAAAAUUAUUUCAUUAUUUAAUUUUCACACAAAUACAAGCAAGUCAAAUGUUUCAAAUGUUCUAAUAUUUGUAUACGUUUUAUUACGUGUCUCUUCGUCGGUACCAUGGAUCAUGUUAUAGGUUUAAAGAAUGUACACCAUCCAUCACUCUUUAAAGACACCAAGACUCAGCAAAAUAUAUAAUU